UCGGGCUCCACGGUAGUAGCGAACUCCAGCAUCCUCAGCUUCAAGUGGCAAGCACCGCUUCAAGUGCCCGAUCAGUCAGACUACCUACCCGCUCUGCACUAGGAACUCGCUACAUUUCGGAUUUGCGACUGGCACCUCUUACUUUCCGCGGAAUAUUUUACAGUGAUUACCUUUCAAUCCAUCCGGAGAUUACAGGGGUACUGGUAGCGGGACCCUCUUCUAAAAUGAAGCUUCCACAAGUACUCUUCCUGUUGUUAAUGAUCGCUGUCUGCUCCACAAAAAAGAUUCAGGACACGGGAGCGGAUGGCGUGUUCGACCUGUUCGAUGUCACCGGGCUCACUCGCAAACACGUUGGGGUGCACAUGGUCAGGGGUCCUGAGUCCAACAGCCCAGCUUAUAGGAUCGUCAACGCCGACAUCAUCGGGCCGGCCUCGGACACCAGCUUCAGGGACCUGGUCGACCACAUCCAGCAUGAGAAGGGAUUCAUCUUCCUCGCCACCCUGCGCCAGAUGAAGAAGACGCGCGGUACCUUGGUGGCCAUCGACAGCGUGGACGGCACCCGGAUCUUCGAGAUCCUUUCCAAUGGGAAAGCCAACACCCUGGAUCUCACCAUCACCAUCGAGGGCAAGCAGAGCAUGGUGUCCAUCACCGAUGCCCACCUCGCCAAUGCCCGCUGGAAGAACCUGACCCUGUUCAUUCAGGAGGACGUGGCCACACUCUACGUGGGUUGUGAUAAGAUCAACCAGGUGGAACUGGAAGAAACCAUCCACAAAGUGCUGAAGUACGGCGACUACAAGCUGAGGCUUGCCAAAGGAGGGAAGGGUCUCGGGAAUAACUUCCAGGGAGUCCUGCAGAACGUCCGUUUUGUGUUCGGGACUACCACGGAAAGCAUCCUGAUGAACAAGGGCUGUUACAGUUCCACACGCGGAAUAGUGUCUUUACCAAAUGGGGGCUCCGAAAGGCCAGCGAUCCGGACCAACUUUUAUGGGCACAAACCCAAGGAUCUCCAGACGAUCUGCGGCAUCUCCUGCGAGGAGCUAUCCAACAUGUUCACUGAACUUCAAGCUCUUCGGACCAUGGUCACACAGUUGGUAAACAACGUCCAAAAACUGACUGCAGAGAAUGAAGUGAUUGCGAAAACCAUUGGGAUCAGACCUAUUGGAGCGUGUGUUCACAAUGGCAUGACCUACAAGGACAAGGAUCAGUGGAAGGUGGACAACUGCACUGACUGCACCUGCCAGUCCUCCGUCACAUUUUGCCAAAGGAUCUCCUGCCCCACCGUAUCCUGUUCCGACGCGGUGGUCCCAGAUGGGGAAUGCUGUGCCCGAUGCCCAUCAUUUCCCAAUGAAUCCGAGGCUGGCUGGUCUCCGUGGUCUGAAUGGACUCAUUGUUCCGUCACCUGUGGGAUUGGAACACAGCAGCGAGGCCGGUCCUGUGACCGGAUUAACAACGACUGUCAUGGGACCUCUGUUCAGACCCGCAGUUGCCAUUUGGAAGAAUGUGACAAGAGAUUCAAGCAAGAUGGUGGUUGGAGUUAUUGGUCACCUUGGUCUUCUUGCUCAGUGAGCUGUGGUACUGGAGUGAUCACUCGAAUCCGCCUGUGUAACUCGCCAAUGCCACAAAUGGGCGGCAAUGAAUGUGUGGGGAAGAAGAGAGAAACCGAAAAAUGUGAACAGGUCCAAUGCCCAAUUGAUGGAAGGUGGGGUGUCUGGUCACCUUGGAACACCUGUACCGUUACCUGUGGAGGAGGAAUACAGAAGCGCACACGUCUUUGUGACAGUCCGGCACCCAAGCAUGGAGGCAAGAAAUGUGUGGCUCAACCUCGAGAAACACAGCUUUGCAAUAAGCUAGAGUGCCCAAUUGACGGAUGUCUAUCCAGUCCAUGCUUUGCUCAAAGCAAAUGUACCAGCUUCCCUGAUGGCUCCUGGAAGUGUGGACCAUGUCCCUCUGGUUAUAAAGGAGAUGGUAUUCACUGCAAGGACAUUAAUGAAUGUGUGGAGGUACCUGAUACCUGCUUUCAGGUCAAUGGAGAGCACAGAUGUGAAAACACAGUCCCAGGAUACAACUGCUUGCAAUGCCCCGCACGGUACACUGGCAAUCAACCAUUUGGCAGGGGCAUCGAGGAGGCUACAAAUAACAAGCAGGUCUGUGAGCCACGAAACCCCUGCAAAGACAAGACAAACAACUGCAAUAAACAUGCCAAGUGUAUUUACCUGGGUGUCUUCAGUGAGCAGAUGUUCCGCUGUGAAUGUAAGCCUGGUUUUGCUGGCAACGGCAUUAUCUGUGGAGAAGAUACUGAUCUGGACGGCUGGCCAAAUAAAGAUCUCACUUGUGUUGCCAAUGCAACUUAUCACUGCAAAAAGGAUAACUGCCCAUUCCUCCCCAACUCUGGACAAGAAGACCACGAUAAAGAUGGAGUUGGAGAUGCCUGUGAUAAGGACGAUGAUAAUGAUCGCAUUCCAGAUGAGAAUGACAACUGCCCAUUCUUGUUUAACCCUCGCCAAUAUGAUUAUGAUCGGGAUAAUGUUGGAGACCGCUGUGACAACUGCCCGUACGACCAUAACCCUGACCAGACAGAUACUGAUGGAAAUGGGGAAGGAGAUGCCUGUGCCAUUGAUAUUGAUGGAGAUGGCAUUUUAAAUGAGAAGGACAACUGUCCAUAUGUAUAUAAUGUUGACCAGCGGGAUACAGAUUUAGAUGGUGUUGGUGAUCAGUGUGACAACUGCCCACUGGAACACAAUCCAGAUCAAGCUGAUUCCGACUCUGACCUUGUGGGUGACAAAUGUGACAACAAUCAGGAUAUCGAUGAGGAUGGUCACCAGAACAAUCUGGACAACUGUCCCUACAUUCCCAAUGCCAACCAGGUCGACCACGAUAAGGACGGCAAGGGUGAUGCCUGCGAUUUCGAUGAUGAUAAUGAUGGUAUUCCUGAUGACCGGGAUAACUGCAGAUUGAAAUUUAAUCCCAACCAAACUGAUUCUGAUGGUGAUGGUCGAGGUGAUGCUUGUAAGGAUGAUUUUGAUGGAGACAAUAUCCUGGAUAUCUAUGACGUCUGUCCUGAAAACUUUGACAUCACGGAGACUGACUUCCGCAAAUUCCAAAUGGUACCACUGGAUCCAAAGGGAACGUCCCAAACUGACCCCAAUUGGGUGGUCAGACAUCAAGGCAAAGAGUUGGUGCAGACUGUUAACUGCGAUCCUGGCAUUGCUGUUGGAUAUGAUGAAUUCAAUGCUGUCGACUUCAGUGGCACUUUCUUCAUCAAUACUGAGCGGGAUGAUGACUACGCUGGGUUUGUUUUUGGAUACCAGUCCAGUAGCCGCUUCUAUGUGGUAAUGUGGAAACAAAUCACACAGACAUACUGGAUCGAUUCACCAACCAAAGCUCAGGGCUACGCCGGACUCUCCAUCAAAGUGGUGAACUCUACAACUGGCCCAGGAGAGCACUUGCGUAAUGCACUCUGGCACACUGGCAAUACAGCAGGACAGGUUCAAACUUUGUGGCAUGAUCCCAAUAACAUUGGCUGGAAGGACAAGGCAGCUUACAGAUGGCAACUAACCCACAGACCAAAGACAGGAUUCAUCAGAGUUGUAAUGUAUGAGGGGAAGAAAAUCAUGGCAGACUCUGGAGCAAUCUAUGACAAGACCUACGCUGGAGGACGAUUGGGACUCUUUGUGUUUUCUCAAGAAAUGGUUUACUUCUCUGAUCUUAAAUAUGAGUGCAGAGAUUCCUAAUGUUAACAUUCCUUGAUGUGGAAAUGUUUAAAAGCUGGUGUUACACCUAUCUAUUUUCUUGGAACAAAUCCUGGGGCCAUUGUUUCCUUCUUCCUUGUUUUAUUCAUGGAAAGCACGUGACCUGCGUUAGCCGAUACAACUCAUUGGAUGUUAUCAACAUCAAAUACAAGAAUUUCUGCAAGAAAAUCAUUCCCUAGAUCACGACUGACUCUACUUAACUAUUUUUCUGUUUUUGAUCAUUUCAAAUUGCAAUUACAUGGAAACAAAAACCUCUUGCAUCUGUCAAAAGUUUAACUCGACACGUCAUUGACCAUAUCAGUCCUACUACAUCUCAUAGCUGGAGGUCCCCUGGAAGGAGAUUGCAUGCUGCUCAUGAGACUAUCUCUGCUGUGGACUAAUAUUAAAGAAAGAAAUGAGGGCUGUUUUAUGGUGAAAGGAUAACUGAGGUUUAAAUGAAAAUAAAGAAGGAUUUACAAAAGGGGUGGGAGAACCACUGUAGUUUUUUCUUUAUGUGAAAUUCAUCUGGAAGAAACCAUGGAGGAACUAUUACCUUUUUUUGUAUUGGACCUUUAUUUGUUCCUUUUACUAAAUGUAUUUAGUGUAAAUACUUCCAGAAUUAGCUAGAUGAUUACACGCAACAUGAGAAUCUAAUUCCAUUGACCCCAUCCCACCCCGAAUCAGAUCAACACAGGCCAGCUCUCCAGAUACGUGCUGACCAGGCUGGAAAAUGUAUCUUCAGGUCUUGUUGCCAGGAAGAAGUAUGGAAGAUCAAACAUAACUCUGGCUCCUUUAGGAUAAGAUUGCUGUCAUCCUGCAACGUUUUGCUCUCAGUGAAGCUAGUCUGAUGGCAAGUUGAGUUAGAAGAGCAGUCUGUGAGCGUUCUCUUCGAUGCUGAUACUGGCCACCAUGGAGGGAGCUUCUGCUUCAAAUACUAUGGUUUAAAAAAAAAAAAAAGGCGCAAGUAGACAGUUGAGAGACGGCUCUUCUCUUUAACAUUUGCCAAAGGGGCAAAUCGUUGUGCCUGUAGAUAUUGAUAAAGUCAUAAAUUAUUUAUUUUCUUAUCCUGGGUGAAAUAAGAUUGAAGGACACUUUAAAAAGUAAAUGCGCAGACUAUCCAUGAGAGUUUAUCAUAGUCUUUGUAUGCAUUCUAAGAUUGUAAAUACAGUGAUUAUUUAUUAACAUUGUUCUAUAUUAAUGCUAGGUAGUUUAGGAUUUUUUUCCCUUUGUUUAAACAUUAUCCCACUGCCCAGGUAAAAGGGCAGCCCAUAGGUGGGAGACUCGAGAACGAGUCUGUAAUUGUUGUCUUUUGUAGGCUUUUGGGCCUUGUGAGGCAGUUGUCUUUAUUCAGCUCAUGAUAAAGUAGCCCUUUUAGAGCCUAGAACUUUAUUUUUCUUCAACCAUGUGGUAAACAUGGGUCUAUAUGGUUUCCAAAAAGUGAAAAAGGUGAAACUUCUAUGUACAAAUAUUACCUCAUUGUUGUUUGAUCGAUAAGAACCUUUGGAUCAAGCAGCGGAAAACCUUGCUCACGUAUCUAAAGUCUCUUGAAGCUACUGUAGCAUAAAAAAAGGCUGUGUACAUAGUCAAAAAUUUAUUUUUACAAAAGAAAAAGGUAUUGCCCCAGUAAAGAAAGACAUGAAAAACAACCAGUGUUGUCAAACUGGCUGGUGUUCUUUUCCCCCAAAACUAAUUGUAUGUCAUUCCUCUUUUUUAAGGAAAGUGUUUGUAUAAAUUAUUGAGUUUUUCUGUUGCAACUUGUAACUUUAAGCAGGUAAACAAAUCUCAUUAUUUUGUAGAUACGCUAUUUAAGUAAUUUAUCAGGAAAUGCUACCUAGAGUUAGUGUUUCUGUCGGUAUGAAAUCUUUUGCACACGGAAUUGAAGAUGUUGCUUUUUUUACAUAUUGUUUUUAUCAAUAGGGGUUGCUUUUUGUUGUACAUCUUUCUAACCAUUUUGCAUUUAAAUCUGUUCAAAUCAAACCGUGUUGUUUAUAACAAACAUGAAAUGACAAUAAAACAUAUAGAACCAA